AUGGAGGCCACUGCAGUGGUGGGAACAGCUUCUGGUAAAGGCUACUAUAGGAAUGGAGGAAACCUCCAGAAAGAUGAGCCUUCUAAUUCAAAGAAAGGAAAGCUGUUAAUAUUUUCCAGUGGUUGUAAAGAAAUCAAAUUUACUGUUCCUGAUGAUGACUGGGUUUCCAGGUUAGAGCAAAGACCUAAUGACGAGGAAAUCAGCAACACUGACCAAAUAGAUUUGUUAGAGCCAUCUUGGUCAGUGAGUGAAGAUACUAACAGAGGGAGUACUUACUCUCAGUCAAGUGAGUUUGAAGACAGUAUUGACUAUGCUUUCUUGAAUGAAACAUACUCUAUACAUUAUUCAGAAUCAAAACUAAAAAACGAAAGUCAUAUUCAUUUAAAUUCAGAAUUAAAACCUGAAAUGCAGAAAAGAGAAGAGGUGUUUUUUGAUAUCUUGGAACAUCAAAGUAAUAAAACUAGUGACUUGGAAAGAAUCUACGGGAUUUCAGUUGAUGAUUAUAAAGAAACUGCUGAAGGUCUGCAGAAGUAUGAUAUGGAUGAAGACUCACAGCAGGAAUAUCACAGUGCAGAAGAACAAGAAUAUAUAAAUAAUCAUUUAUCUUUUGGCCAAACAAAAGCAUUAAAUAGAUCUAAUCUGGAGGUUGUUGGAUUUAGAAAUUCAGGUUAUGAAGCUAGAUGUGCUUGCAGUCUAGAAGAUAAUCAUGUUAAGUUGGGAAGCGGUUCUGUCAUCUCUUUAGAUUUAUUUGAUGUUUAUGGACAAGCAGAUGUCUCCAAACUUCAGGAUUCUGUUAGGAUAAGAGAACAUCACGAACUACAGCAUGAAAAGUGUAAGGAACAAGAGACUAGUUUAACGUACCACACAGUAUUUGAUGAAAUUAUACUAAGUAGUAGUUCUCUUGAAAACCAGAAAUCUCAGUCUAAGAGUGGUUUCUUGAACCCUCAGAAAGCACUAGAAACUAAAAUUUAUACUGACAAAAUGAAAUCUCAAGUAACUGAAAAUAAGGAUUUUUGUGGAAAUACAGUUGUUGAGAAAAAUACCCUACAGCGCCUUGAAAAUCCCAGUACAUUACCACAGGAAGACGCUUUAGAGACAUUACUGCAGCCCUGUGAAAAUUGUCAAGCCUCCUGGAGCUCUGUUUUUGAUGAGUCAGUAAUUUCUGCCUGUGGAUGUUCGCAUUAUAAAGUUCUACAAGACACCUCUGACUCAGCCUUGGAUUUUUCAGUUACUCUACCAAGGAUUGCGGUCAAAGGUAAUCAGGCAACAGAAGAUAGCUCCCUAAAAGUUGCUAAUAGCAAUACCACAAAUAAAACCUGCUCCCAUGAUAUGGAAGGAACACGUCCUAAAUCACUGAUGGAUGCUGCAGGUUGUAUGGUUACAGUUAAUCAGGCAGUGGAUGUUAGCACUGAUUUCAGGGCUUAUUUCACAACCAGCAGGACAACAAGUACAAGGUCUUCUGUGGUGUCCACAUCAAGCAACACAGACAUAACAAUGAUGAAUAAAAAACGGCCUGGCCAAUGGCAGAGUGAGAAACAAAGAAGUGUGGCUUGUAACACAGAUUGGUCAUACAGUCAGGACUGUGUAGACCCACAGACGGCUGUGAAGAAAGGACCAGGAGAAUCUCUCUCAGUUGACAGUUUAAAACCUAGUGGACAUUUCCUAAAUAAGGAUUCUCUGGAAUUAAAAAAAACACUUGAUGUCACAGACUUAAAGAAACAUCCCGCAAGGGAAUUUCAACUUUGUAGAGAGACGGAGAAGAGUUUCCCAUCAGAGUGCUGUGAGAAGAUAAUGCAAAGAGCCAUAAAAGCUGAGCUGCACCUUCUAAAUGUUCACUAUCAGAUGUGCCACCGCCAUUGUCGUGACAUUUACAAACUUGUGAUGGAAAAUAAGGAAGGAGUAAAUAGGAACUUACCAAGUAAUUCUGCUAAGAAGGAAUUAGGAUCAGCACUACUGUCUGUCUUGGGAGACUUAAAAGCUAGAUAUGGGAGUUUGAAAGAAAAAAUUAACAAAGGCAUACCACUGGAAGAGCUGCCCCCCUUGUCAGUAGAAUCGAAAUUAUUAUCUGCCUUUUCUACUUUUGCUUCCAAGAUAAUGAAAGAAGAAACACAUGUCUUUUUAGGAGCUGAUUCCGAACUAGAUAAUCAAAGUGUGCAUGAUGAUGACGAGUCUUCGAGCCUAAAAAAGACACUGUCUCAAACGGCUUUAUUACCUGACAAUUGUCACCCUAAACAAGAUGCAUCGCCUAAGAAAGAUGGUUCAAAUAAUGGUGAUAUAAAUGAAGACUUCAGUCAGCUGAAACUUGAGGAUAAAGACUGCAGAAAUUAUCAAGAACUAAGUGAAGACUGGUUUGAUGCUAAAGAGAACCUUACAGGAGUUGAUGUCUCUGGAAUACAAGAGAAUCAGAUAGAACAAGACAGAUGGAAUCCAAAGUUUACACUAGAAAUGAAGAGUGCAGAACCUUUACGAAGAGAAAAGGGGUAUUUGGUCCACGUCGGUGGUCUCUGCCCGUCAGUGUCUGAGGCUGAUUUAAGGUCUCUUUUCCAGAAAUACCAAGUUUCUGAAAUUUCAAUUUAUGAUUCUUCUCCUAAUUACAGAUAUGCAUCUCUUGCUUUUACAAAAAACAGUGAUGCAAAGAUGGCUGUGAAAGAAAUGAACGGGAUGGAGAUAAACAGGAAAUUGGUAAACGUGCGGCUGGUUAAGACUCCUGGAGAAUACACUUCACCACUUUCCUCCAGAAAUGGAAACAGGCUUAGUUUGAAUAAUGUGGAGAAAAGCACCACCAAAGAAAUCAACUCAGCCACUGGCAUUUCUAGAUUGCCCAGAACUAGGCCGAGGCAGCUGGGGUCUGAGCCAGACAGUGAGUUUUUCCCUGUCGACCAGAAGGGUGUCAAGAAGAAUUGUAAAGAGAUUGAAUCUGCUAAAUUAUUACCUGAUAUACCUGCUCAAUUCAUACCUCCAAAUACUUUGAACCUGCGUAGCUUUACCAAGAUCAUGAAGAAACUGACUGAACUACACCCAGAAGUUAGCAGAGACCGUAUUGUCAGUGCCCUUCAGGAAGUGAGACUGAGCCAUAAGGGUUUUCUGAAUGGCUUAUCUAUUAGUACUAUCGUGGAAAUGACUUCAUCUGUUUUGGAAAACUCUGCUUCCAUUUAGGAAUAAAAGAAGCAAUGAAGAGACUUUCCUUGGAAAGCUUGAAUCCCCACCUUCAGAGAAUGUUCUACAGCAUUAGGAAAAAGUUGUGGUAAUAGCAAAAGGACAUAAUUAAAUAGAUUCUAUAAAAGGAUUUAACUGUUUAUAAUGUUCUGCUUUUUAGCCCUUUCUUAAAAUCUAGCAACUAUUGUUUCUACAGUAUUAAGACCUCUGUAUAAAGAUUAAAAGAUAACUUCAGUAAGUUUAUAAACUUUAUAUUUCAAACUUGUUAGAGACUUUGAGCUGCAUAUUUUGUAUAAGAAAAAAAUAGUGUCCAUUAAAAAAACCUUGGUUAAAUCUGUUUAUUAAAAUAUUGUAAAGAGAAGAUUGUUACUGUUUCUGAGUUUGUUAAAUGAUUUACAAAGAUGAAAAAUGUAGUGUGCUCGAAGUUUGUGCCUUAGCUGUACUUUCACUUGUCUAAGACUCUUAUGUUGGACCGCAGGAUAGUAGAUAAAUAAACUGAAUCUGUGGAUAGAAGACAUUUCAGAACUUGUAUAUGCUCAAGCUUCCAAGAACAGUGAAUUACUACUGUGACACAUUUAAUGUGUUAAUGACCUCAACAAUAAAACAUUUCAGACGUAUCUCCCCAGUUUUCACUGGAAAGAGU